UUCGCAAAUUGAUUGAUUGUUUGGUUUGUUUAUCAAUUGAUUCAAUUGUUCGUUUAUUGUUCGAUCAAUUAAUUCACGCUGGUUUGUUUACUCUAUCUUCUGCAAUUUGGUUCAAUUGCUUCAAUCUGGUUUGUUCACGCUGGUUUCGAAAAUUGGUUUGUUCACGCUGCUAUCUUCUGCAUUAUCAAUUGUUCGUUCACUCUAUCGUUUGCAAUGACAAAUCAAGAUCCUAGUUUGAGUUUUCUUGACCAUUCCGAUCCUCUAUUUCUCCAUCCUGCUGACCAUCCUGGUUUAUUGUUGGUCUCUAAACCAUUUAAUGGUUCGAAUUUUGGUUCAUGGAAGAAAUCUAUGUCUAUCGCCUUAUCAGCAAAGAACAAAUUAAUCUUUAUCAGUUCCAAUUCUCAGCCUCUUGCCACUGAUCUGAAGUUUCCUCAAUGGAAGAGAUGCAAUGAUAUGGUUACCUCCUGGAUUUUGAAUGUCUUAUCUCCCGACAUCGCUGACAGUGUUCUUUAUUCGGAUUCCGCUCACGACAUCUGGAAAGAACUUGACGAUCGCUAUGGCCAAGCAAAUGGUGCCAAGCUAUUUCAAUUAGAGAAAGAUAUUCGUUUAUCAGGCCAAGGUACAAAUGAUAUCGCUGGAUACUUUACUAAAUUGAAGAAAAAUUGGGAUGAGUUAAACACUUUAUCUUCUCUGCCUAUUUGUUCUUGUGGUGCUGCACAAGCCUUGCAAAAAUUUAAUGAAGAUCAACGACUUAUUCAAUUUCUUAUGGGACUCAACAGUGAUUACAACCACAUCAGAGGUAAUAUUUUAAUGAUGCAACCCUUGCCUUCUAUAAGUCAGGCUUAUGCCCUAUUAUCUCAAGAAGAGAAGCAAAGAGAAGUUCAUGCCUCUUCACAUUUUAUCACUGAAUCAGCCUCCAUGAAUGUAUCAAAUCAUACUCAGGUUCAUCCACAAAUUCUACAACAUAAUCAAAGUCAGAAGCAAAAAUUUGAUGGCAAAAGGUUCAUAUGCACUCACUGUAAGAAGCCAGGGCAUCCUGCAAGUAAAUGCUACAGACUUGUAGGUUUCCCUAAGGAUUUUAGGUUUACUAAAAAUAAGAAAUUUUCUGGUAAUGUUGUGUACCAACAAGUCAAUGCCGUUUCUCCGUCUGCAGAGACCUUCAUGAACAAUUGCACUUCUUGUAACAAUGACAAUGGACAUCAGCAUCCUUCUCCAGAUUUCCAAUCCUGGAACUCCAAAAAUCAUCCGCAACAUAUAUCUCAAGCUCAGUUCAAUCAACUUAUGACUAUGAUGAGUAAUCUACAAACAAGUAGUAAACCUAAUACUCAACCUGGCGAUAAUAAUACUCAUCCAUAUUCUGGAGGAAAUACUGGUCAGGCAUUCACAGCUACUAAUUUUUCUGGGCCCCUUAAUGAAGAGGCCUCUGGAACUUGGUGAAAUCCACUCUGGGCUGUAUCUACUACAACAUUUUCCCACUUCUCAAAUUCCAAAGGCAGCCAAAUCUACUGCAUCUCAUCCACACAAGAAUUACAGAGAUUCCACUCAGAUCAACAAAUCUUGUAAUCUAGUUGAUUAUUUUUUUACAAAUAAAUGUAUUCCCAAUUCCUCUCAACUAGCUAAUACAAAUAAAACUGUUGAUGCCUCUAUCUCUUCUUUUUCUAUAAAUAAAGCUUUGAGUAAUUCUGUUAGAUAUAAUGAAAAUGGUCAUAUUUGGCACCAAAGAUUGGGUCACUUGCCCUUAUACAAGCUCCAACAGCUCUCUUUUUUUCCUAAUAAUUCUAUUGAUACUAUUAAAUGCUGCGAUGUUUGUCCAAAAGCUAGACAACACAGGCUACCUUUUCCUCUCAGUCAAACUCAAUCUUCCCAUCUUUUUGAACUUGUUCACAUUGAUGUUUGGGGACCUUAUCACACAACUACUCAUGGCGGAUAUCACUAUUUUCUCACCAUAGUUGAGGAUUUUAGUAGAGCUACUUGGACUCACCUUCUCAAAACCAAAAGUAAUGCUUUUCCUCUUCUUCAGACUUCCACUGAAAUGAUCUUCACUCAAUU